AUGCUCAAUCUAUUAAUAGCCGACGAUCAUCCUAUUGUGAGGACCGGCACCAAAUACACCCUUAAAGAACAUUUUGAGGAGAUACAAGUCUUUGAAGCCAGGAAUGGAGAUGAGCUGAUCGCAUGCGUUAAAGAGCAGCCGAUAAACCUGGUGCUGAUGGAUCUGAAUAUGCCGGAAACAGACCCGCAGCGCGUGCUGCAAACCAUACUGAUCCUGAAACCGGAAAUAUCGGUGAUCAUUUUUUCUAUGAACAAGGAAGAGAUCUUUGGACUGAUGUACCUGAAAAUGGGAGCAAUGGGUUACCUGCGAAAAGGCUGUGAGGAGAUCGAGCUGGUGAAAGCCGUACGAUGUGUGCUGGACGGUAAUGUGUACAUCAAAAAGGAGAUGCAGCCUUUUUACCUGGGCAAAACAACCCUUGCCGACAAGAACAAUCCGUUUACCGAACUGACG